AUGCUCAUGUCUACCGUCUCCCGCGUCGUAAGCGCCUGGUUUGCGUUUCUACUGCCGUGCUAUGCCACCUUCAAGGCCCUCGCGCGAGGCCCGCUGUCUCAGGGCGAGAUCCAGAAGUGGGCCAUGUACUGGUUGCCGUUCUACUGGGAGCUCAAGACCGCCUUCCUGCUCUUCAUUUCUUUGCCGCAGACGCAGGGCUCCACAUACAUAUACAACGCAUACCUCCAACCCUUUCUGGCACGCAACGAGGAGAAUUUCGAUGCUGGCAUCGUGGCAAUCCACCGUAACGUGUUAACCUUUGUGCAGGAAAAGUUGACAGCGCUCUGGGAGCUACUCUGGUCUCUUAGCGCCAAACAACGUCCCCAGUCCGGGACACAGUCGGCUGCACCUCAGAACGCGCCGCCCUUGUCCUGGCUCUUUUCGAAUGACGUGGUCCGCACCGCCUUGAACACUUUGCACACUACUGCCACGUCUCAGUCACGACCCGGCGACUUGGCUUCCUCUCGCGAAAAUAGUAACUCUGGCUACGUGAGCAGCUCAAGCACCCGUUCGGAGGUAACACAACAGACACCUCCCUUCCCUGUUCCCCAGCACUAUCAUGCAGAAUAA